UGGCUGCUGGGCGGGCGGGGCGCAGGCCGCGGGGCCCGAGCCGGGGGGAGGGGGCGAGCGGAGGCGCCGAGGAUCCAGUUCACUCGCUGGGGAGACCUAUGGGCCGAAGCCGUGUAAAUGCGUUUUAAGGCGAGUGCGGGGAGUGGCUCGGGGAGCCUCCGGGGGCAGGCGUCCUCGGCUCCAGUGCUGACCUGCCCCUGGCCCCCUUGCCUCCUCUCAGCAGGGGCCUCGGCUCCGCAACUGCCACUCCUCCUUGGGGUGUUGCACAAGUUUCGAGGUCACCGGCGACCCCCCCUAGCAGCGCGCCUGGCUCUGGCCCCCGCGAAGGAGGACGGAGCUUGGGUGAUGUUGCUGCCUUCUUCGUGGCCGACCUGGGUGCUGUGGUGAGGAAGCACUUCUGCUUCCUGAAGUGCCUGCCUCGAGUCCGGCCCUUUUACACGGUCAAGUGCAACAGCAGCCCAGGUGUGCUGAAGGUCCUGGCCGAGCUGGGGCUGGGCUUCAGCUGUGCCAACAAGUUUGGCCAGGGAAGGCUUUGCUGAAAUUUGAAGACAGACCCGAAGGAAGCAAAGGAUCAAGCCAGGUGGAUAACUAGGGGAAGAGCUUCCAGGCAGAGGGCACAGCAAGUGCAAAGGCCCUGAGGCAGAGAUGGAGUUGGUCCAGCGUAUUGGCGUCCCUGCCAGUAAGAUCGUCUACGCCAACCCCUGUAAGCAAAUCGCACAGAUCAAGUACGCUGCCAAGCAUGGGGUCCGGCUGCUGAGCUUUGACAACGAGGCGGAGCUGGCUAAGGUGGUAAAGAGCCACCCCAGUGCCAAGCUGGUUCUGUGCAUUGCCACUGAUGAAUCUCACUCCCUGAGCCCCCUGAGCUUCAAGUUUGGAGCGUCGCUGAAAUCCUGCAGACACCUGCUUGAAAAUGCCAAGAGGAGCCACGUGGAGGUGGUGGGGGUGAGUUUUCACAUUGGCAGUGGCUGUCCUGACCUUCACGCCUACACUCAGUCCAUCGCAGACGCCCGGCUUGUGUUUGAAAUGGGCGCUGAGCUGGGCCAUGGGAUGCACAUCCUGGACCUUGGCGGUGGCUUCCCUGGAUUGGAGGGGGCCAAAGUGAGAUUCGAAGAGAUUGCUUCUGUGAUCAACUCAGCCUUGGACCUGUACUUCCCAGAGGGCUGUGGCGUGGACAUCCUUGCCAGGCUGGGGCGUUACUAUGUGACUUCGGCCUUCACCUUGGCAGUCAGCAUCAUUGCCAAGAAGGAGGUUCUUCUGGACCAGCCUGGAAGGGAGGAGGAAAAUGGCUCCACCCCCAAGACCAUCGUAUACCACCUCGGUGAGGGCGUGUAUGGAAUCUUCAACUCAGUCCUGUUUGACAACAUGUGCCCUACCCCCAUCCUGCAGAAGAAAUCAUCCGCGGAGCAGCCCCUGUACAGCAGCAGCCUGUGGGGCCCUGUGGCCGAUGGCCGUGACCGUGUGGCUGAGGGCCUGUGGCUGCCGCAACUACACGUAGGGGACUGGCUGGUCUUUGAGAACAUGGGCGCCUACACCGUGGGCAUGGCUUCCCCCCUUGGGGGGACCCAGACCUGCCGAGUCACCUAUGCCAUGUCCCGGGUGGCCUGGGAAGCACUUCGAGGGCAGCUGCUGCCUGCAGAACAGGAGGAGGAUGCUGAGGGCAUGUGCAAGCCUCUGUCCUGUGGCUGGGAGAUCACGGACACCUUGUGCGUGGGCCCUGUCUUCACCCCGGCGAGCAUCAUUACCUACCAGCACUCGCCACCCUCCAUUACAUGUUCUUCUGUGCAUCAUCUGUCAGCGCCUCCAGAAUGUGAGCUUGGCAGCAGGAACUUUACUUUUUUCACUGCUAGGUCUUCACUACUCAGAACAAAGAAGCGUUAUGUCUCGGAAAAUACGUGGGAUAUUCUUACAGAGGGACGUUACUUGUGGAGGGAUGACACCGAAAUUCAGCUCUACUGAGCGUCCUGCAUUGUAUUUACUACCGCUGGUAACCUUACUCUGUCUCGGUUUCGCUUUCCCCAUCUGUGAAACGGAGAUACUUCUGCAAGACCGGCCUCGGGGGCUCCAAAGGCGGAGCAGCUGCCCCCCCCGCCCCCGGGCGGUCCCUCUGCUAAGUCGUGCGCGAGCACGCUGGUCUCGGGAGAGUUUCACGCCGAGUGACUACGUGCAAGGAGCUCGGUUUUUCUCACUGAACAAGCGAGACCGCCGAGGGCGGAAACCACUCCCUCCGCCACCGCCUCACGGAACCUCAAACGCCGGGCUGCCAGCCGCGGCGGCGCGGAUUUCCGGUAGCGUGACGUCCCUUCCGUGCCAGACAGCCUCCUAGGCUUCGAGCCCUGCGCUCUCGCGCUCUCUGCCGGCCCGGAGGAGGAGCUGACCUUACCAAACGGAAGAGAGAGCGGAGUCCAUUGGUUGAAAGACCGACGCAGCUACCAGCCUCCACCAAUGGAAAACCGAACCUUCGCCGCGGGCGGGGCUCGCACAGGAAAAGGGUCAGCCCGGGACGAAAGCGGCGUGGGAAGGCGGCUACCUGGACUCGGCCGGGCGUGAAAGGCUCGAAGUAACACCGGAAGUGGGUUUGUUUCCACCAGCUACUUCCGCCUCACUUACAAAGUGGGAGGAUCCUAGAGGAAAAGGACCCGAUUGCUGUGGGGUGCUUGGAAGCUCGUCUCAGGUGUCCUCUCUGCCCACCCAUUUCAUACCCGGGAGAGACACCUGAUGAGUUCACGCGGAAAAUCAGGGACUUUGAACGAAUUCCUGACCUGGAGGCCAAGCUGUUUUUACGUUUUAAAAUAAUAAAGAGUACUAACUGUGUGCCUUGC